UAUUUGUCUAUAAAUAUCAUCUGUCUCAGCAGUUCCAAAAUACGAAGUAUAACGAAGAAAGCAUGGCCAAUACUCCUCCGGCUACUAUGGACUCCUCCACCAUAUCUCCCAACGGCGACGGUAUGCCGGCGAACUCACCGAAGGGCGGGCAACAGUGCCUCUGCUCGCCGACGACCCACCAAGGAUCUUUCCGGUGUCGGCUUCACCGGUCGGCCACCACUUCAUCUUCAUGCUUUAAGACCUCAAACUCCAUGCCUGCAAAAGCGGCCAACAACGUGGAUUUGGGAUCUCUCUCCCAUGUUAGCUGAAUCCAUCCGAUCCAUCGAUAUAUAUUGUGGAUUCCUCUUCUCUUAUCCCAUCCCAACUUAUAUAUUCAAGUGUUGAAAUUUGUAUAUGGGUGUACGUAAUUUAAUGUAAUAUAAAUGUGUUCAUAUAGCUAGACGACUUCCUUAUUAUUUGGUUGUUAUAUUUAGAAUUUUUCUUACAGUUAUAUCAUUAAUUAAUGUAUGUAAUUGGUUAUUAAUAUUUAUUACGUAGUAUUAAAAUAUUAAAACUGUAA